AUGUCUGGGCUGAAGACACCAAAGGGAACCGCUGAUGAGCUUCCAAGAGAAGCGUUUCUGUAUGAGGAAAUCAUUGAGAAGAUCAGAAAGGUGUUUGUUGUGCAUGGAGCAUCGCCAAUAUCAACGCCUACGUUUGAGAUGAGAAGCAUCCUUGUGAACAAGUACGGUGACGACUCAAAGCUUAUAUAUGACCUUUCUGACCAAGGAGGAGAGAUAUGCUCGCUAAGAUAUGACCUGACUGUUCCAUUUGCAAGAUUCCUGGCAUCGAAGAAGAUAAGGAGGAUGAAGAGAUACCAGAUAGGAAAGGUGUACCGGCGAGACCAGCCAUCUGCUGCAAAGGGGAGGCUGAGAGAGUUUGUCCAGGCCGACUUUGACAUUGCUGGCGAAUGCAUUCCAAUGAUGGCAGAUGCAGAGGUGAUCAGUUGCGUUGAUAAGAUACUGCGAGUGUUUGAAAUAGGCGAAUUCGUGAUUAAGGUGAAUGACAGGAGAAUUCUUACGUCGAUUCUUGAGAUGAUUGGAGUUGCAGAAGAGGAUUAUUCAAGCAUUUGCUCUACGAUUGACAAGCUUGACAAGAUGAGUGUGGAUGAGCUCAGGAAGGAGUUUAUGCAGAAGGGCCUAUCUGAAUGCCAGGUUUUGAGGAUUGAAGAAUACAUGAGGCAGGCGGGGAAUAGCAAUGUGCUUGAGUAUCUGGAGAAUGACGCAGUUGGAGAGAUUGCGAGAUGCAGGGAGGCGAUAUGCAGUAUGAAGGAGUUGUUCAGGCUCUGCAAGAUUCUUGGAUGCGAUGAAUGCCUUGCUGUGGAUAUUUCGCUUGCAAGAGGGCUUGACUACUAUACAGGGAUGAUUAUUGAGGCAGGGUAUAUUGGAAAGCAGGUUGGGUCUGUGAUCGGAGGAGGGCGGUACGACAACCUUACGGAAAACCUGGGGGUGAAGGGGAUGGCGAUUGCAUGCGUAGGGUUUUCAGUGGGAGUGUCGAGGAUUUUUUCAAUGCUAUGCGAGCAGUACUGCAAGGAGUCAGCAACGGUGGUGUAUGUAGGAGCAUCUGGAGGAUUGUUUCUUGAUGAAAGAUUGAGCAUUAUCAGGAUGCUAUGGGAUGCAGGGAUUCCGUCCGAGACGUUCUAUACGAAGCGGUCUUCGUUUGACGACCAGGUUGCAUAUGCAAGGAAGCGGGGAGUGCCAAUCGUUGUGGUUGUGGGAGAGUCUGAGAUUGCAUCCAAGUCUGUUCAGAUGAUUAAUCUUGCUACAAAUGAAAAGAGGACUAUUUUAAUUGAAGAUGCUGUUGGAUAUAUCAAGGAAGUAGUAUAA